AUGUCGGUGCGAGCUCUCGAAUUUUACAGUGGAAUAGGUGGUCUACAUUUGGCUCUCAGUCGCAGUCUUAGAUCAGGUUCGGUCAUCCAAGCAUUUGAUUGGGAUCAGACAGCCUGCAAGGUCUAUGCAGAGAAUUACGGCUUUAAGCUAAUAUCUAAGGUGGACAUCUCAUCUCUUUCGGCUCUUGACCUGGCCUCCUAUCGCGCAGAUAUCUGGUUGUUAUCUCCAUCCUGCCAACCCUAUACCGUGUUGAAUCCAUCCCGUAAAGGCGCCUCAGAUCCCCGAGCUGCAUCAUUCCUCCAUCUCAUUGAGGAUGUACUUCCCGAGCUCGCACGUCAAUACAGCCGCCCCCGUUAUAUCCUCAUUGAGAAUGUUGCAGGCUUUGAGAUGUCUUCUACCAGACAGACCCUGUUGUCUACAUUGAAGGAAAUCGGAUAUUUCGUCGUGGAGCUGCUGCUGACGCCUCUGCAAUUUGGCAUCCCGAAUUCUCGACUUCGAUACUAUCUUUUAGCCAGACUAAUACCUUUCGAGUCUGUCUCUCUCCAGGAUUCCGAUUGUGGUGAUAUUUGGAGACACAUACCAGGUCAAGGUUGUGAUUGGACGGAUCCUAGGUCAAUUAACACAGCAGGGGAUGAUUUUCCGGUACAAGAGCUUAGAGAGUACUUGGAUGCCGAGAACGACGUGAAUAUUCACAGCUAUAAGGUGACUGACAGAGUUUUACAGAAAUGGGGGCAUUUAUUCGAUAUAGUCCUACCGUCCUCAAGAAGAACUUGCUGUUUCACCAGAGGUUAUACCCGGCUUGUCGAACGAAGUGGCUCGAUCCUACAAGCAAACGAUGAUCUAAAUACAACUGCCGUAUUUGAUGAAUUUCGGUUGAAACACUCGCAGGGGAUUGAAGGAGCUGUUCGCAUACUGGAUCAAUUGGGCCUUCGGUACUUCACACCUGAUGAACUAUUACGCCUUUUCCAUUUUGAGUCACGUCAUUACCCUUCAAAUUCACUCAUUUGGCCCGAUAAUAUAACGCUGAAAACAAAGUACAAGUUAAUUGGUAAUAGCGUGAAUGUUGAGGUUGUGACGCGUCUCAUCGACUACCUCCUUGAAAAAUAAGAGCUUAAAUAUCCUACCAACUCCACCGUAAACAGUACGCUGGGUAGCUUCGCAAAUAUGUCUCAAGGUACGGUUUAUCAUUGGUGUACAGAAGAUCUACACGCUUCGGACUAGGUCUAGCAUACUACUUCUGUUUGUUUUAAACCUCUAUUGACGGUGAUCGAAGGUUUCAAUUGUUUCUGUAGUA